GCGCAACAACAGAUGGAGCCUCGUGCUGUGGAGUGUAGGGUUAAUAGGGGCUGGAGAGGGCGUGGUCUAGAUCAAAUAAUAACGCCUCACUCCUGUCAAGUGUAAAAAAGACAACAAAAAUCAGCGUCCUGACAGCUCCGGCAGCCAGUGUCUCCUGGACAGCUCCGGGUUUUACAGGAGGAAAAGCCGCUUGGAUGUGCGCAGCAGCUCUCCCCCACUUCCACCGGAGGAAAUUAUUCAGCAAGAUCUGAAGGAGGUGCGACCUGAAAUGACUGGUUGAUCGUCCCCCACGCCUCGCCUCCAACCUCGGAACCCCGGCAGAUUUCAGAGCGGACUGAACAGUGUGAUAGAGGGUCGAUGGAUGAACGCGUGAACGGAUGAGAGGAACCAUCUGGGGUUGAAGUAAAGUCAUCCAGGGGAGCACAGGCGGGCUGGUUCGUCAGGACUGCGCCUGCCUUACGUAACUGAGCUUUGUGGAGAGACUGGCAGGGAAACCACUGGUGCCGAGCUGUGAAAUCACACCGAGGAAACGCAGGUGAAAAGAGAAGUUUGCCACCCAGCAUGAUCGGCGAGGACGCAGUCUCCCAUUGCCAGUGAGCACAUUGAGAUGAACGAGGGCCACCUACAGGGAGGAGGGACUGUCACCGUGGAGGCCGAUUCCAUCCUCCACACAGCGAACCCUGACCUGGUCACACUAGCUGACAAAAACAGGAAUAUAUGUCCAGGUUUUGUGCAGGGAUUCCUGCAGGAUGACCCGGAUUUCAGCCCUCCUUCAGUGUUCGAGAAGGAAUACCUGUUGGACGGAGGAAUAAUGGAGAAUAACCACAUGGAUCAUCAGAAAAGUAACAGCUCCUACAUCUCAAGAGAUGACCACCUCUGUAGGGACAAGGGAAGCCCAGCUGACCCUCCUCAUGCUGCUGUGUCCAAUCACAUGCAACAAAAUUGUGCAAGCGGCGAGAUCCACAAUGGCGCCAGAGCUAAAGUGUCUUACAGUGCAGAUUCCUCCAUAUGCUUGCCUAGCCAAGCCAAACAGGAUACUGAUCGGUCAGUUCUAAAAUCAAACCUCGAGCGCAGGGACAGCAGCCAGGAAGCUGAAAAAACACAGUCCAAAAAAGAGCCGGAUUUACUCAUUGAGGUAGGCGGACAGAUGAUCAACGCUCACAAGUCUGUCCUGGCAGAGAAGAGCGACUACUUCAAGGCACGGCUGUCACGCAACAUCCUCAAAGUGAAGGGCAUGAGUUACAAAACUUUGUCCACAUUGAUAGACUAUAUUUACACCUCUCAGAUCAAAGUUAGCAAAGACAAUGUUGUGGAUGUCAUCACGGGGGCUAAAAUCCUGCAGAUCCCUUGUGCCGUCCAGGCAGCCAUGGACUCCAUGUCUGAGCAGGUCACUGCAGAGAACUGCUACGAGAUUCUGACCAUCGCCAAAAAGCAGCGACUGAGCGAACUCAAGGAGACGGCGUAUGGAUUCAUGAGCGACAACUUCCUCCGGAUCCUCAAAGACCCGGCUGUCUACGGGCGACUGACUGGAUCUGAGAGGGAUCUGAUCCUGAAAAAGAGACUGGAGGGCAGGAAGACUCUGAUGGUCGCAGAGAUCAAUGAUGUGUUUGAUCGAGUUGGAAGUCGACCACCUAGUCGCUGUGGUAGCCGUCCACAGAGUCCGUUGUCGGUGGGGUCUUUGGAAGAAAACCAUAUGAUUUAUAGCUUCAGUGAAACAGCAAAUGACUGGAGACCUUUGACUGUGAUGCCUGAGGACAUAAACACUAAAGGGUGUGGGAUCUGCACCAUGUAUAACUACCUGUUUGUGGCAGGAGGGAUUAAGGGCUACGGGGACAAGGGCAAAGUUUCAGACAAGGUGUUCUGUUACAACCCCAUAACCAAUCGCUGGGCUGAGGUCAGACCCUUGAACCAGGCACGUGCCCAGCUAAAGCUUGUAUCUAUGGAUGGCUACCUGUACGCCAUCGGAGGGGAAUGUUUGUUUACAGUGGAAAAAUAUGACCCUCGAAUGGACCGCUGGACAACAGUGGCCCCUUUGCCCAAGGGAGCCUUCGCAGUGGCCCAUGAAGCCACCACCUGCAGCGGAGAACUUUACGUCUCAGGAGGCUCCCUUUUCUACCGUCUCCUCAAGUACGACCCCAAGAGAGACGAGUGGCAGGAGUGUCCCUACAACAACAGCAGGAAGAAGUCCACCGACAUGGUGGCCCUGAAAAGCUUCAUCUACCGCUUUGACGUCAACCGCGAACAGGGAAUCAACGUCUUCAAGUACAACACCAUAGUGAAAAUGUGGCACGACUGUGCAUCGCAGAGGCUUGGAAGUCAUUUACCCUUCAGGUGUGCCGUUAUCGGAAACUGCAUCUAUUGUGUGAACAAAAGCCAGACUCUUCAGUUUAUAGUGGAGGAGGAGAACGCCUACUUUGUUGAGGAGACGCUGAGGGCACCUCUGGAGGCGAAAGGCGUUCUUUUCCCUUUUGUUCUCACUUUGCCUGAAAAGCCUGAAAAACUUACAUAGAGCGUGAUUCCAGAGUAACACAAUAAAUGUCACAACAAAAACUGCAAUAAGCAGAAGCCCUUAUGUACACUCUUCAAUGUCAGCUUUCUAUCUCAAUGUCUCAUUGCCUGCUUGCAAUGGAAUGUGUGUAUUUGCAUGGCAAUAUAAUGCAUCUACAGGGUUCAGCCUUAAAAAGAUUUUGUAAUGCUGAAUGAAUGCAACAAUAUUUGUAUGUGACUGUAGAUAAUGACAUGAUGAAAGUGAAAUUUUGUGUGUUCAGUUCUGGUUUGGUGCACUUUUGUAGUUAGAAUAGAUAUUAUUUAGAACAUAUUAACUAGCUGACUGGUGACUUUGGUAACAAAAGCAAGUGUUUUGUUGAAAAUUGUAUUUAGAGACGUGGAAGCAGUUGUAGUGCGCUUUAUGAACGAAGUAACACAGGUUCUAUGCAAAUGAUUCCGAACAUACAGGUGGAUCUGCUGUAAUGUUGUGCUGUUUUCUAGUGACAAUGUGUGAAAUCUGACAGGAAGGAGUAGAGUAUUUCUCUAACCAUAUACUGCACUGCCUUUCAUUAACCCUCUCAAACAAGGUCAUAUUAUGAUCUGUAAAAACAAGCCAUCACGUCCGUCCUCGAAAACACAAAUAUUAAGGCGCUUAUUGUACCUAUCAUGCUUCAGGGGACCUCUUCAGUCAAGCUAAAGCUUUACAUUAUUGCAUUACAAAUCAGACAUUAUAGUUAAAAGUAUAUAAAGUACAUAUAUUUUUAGAUUCAGAACAUGCUAUUUUGCGUAUAGUGCACUCUUGGAUGUGACAGGUCCUACAAUAAGCACAAUCGCCAAAGAUAACCAUUCAGUCAGGCUAUAUUAAGAUGAUCAGAACUGACAUCAUUUGUGGAAUAAGUUCUUUCUGAAAAGCAUUUCACUUAUGCCACCGCAAGUAAAAUCUCAAGCAAUAGUUAUUUUUGUACGAGAAAGGCUUGCUGAUUGCAGGCAAUUUCUGGUAAGUUUAGGAGAUAGCUGCUACUCUGAUCUGUAUUUCCCUGUAUGUUUUUCAUGCUAUAGAUCCUGCUUCACCUGCCACCAGGUUACAUCACCUGUUGAGGUCAAAGGUCAAAUCAGAUGCUACAUAGACACAGCAUUGUCCAGUCAAAGACAUCCUCUUCAUACAACACUAAUAAGCCAUGUUCUUCUUGCAUCAGUGCACAUUUAUACAAAUUAUACUCAAAAUUUCCUUCUUUUAGACAUUCUACAGUAUUUGUUUGCUGCUGCAAUAACACAGUGGGAGUUUUGUAUGGAAGCUAAAGCUGAUAUAUUCUUGGAACAAAUUGCUUUUGAUAAUGUUUGUAGAAGUGUCUCUGAGCAAUCAUUGUGACUCAGACAAACUGGAUGUGGUUUUGAUAUUUCGCUGGCUGGCAUCUGUAUUUUUGUGAAUUUUUUUGUAUGGAUUUUGGAUCUGCUGCUGUGAUGGACGGUCAAAGUGAUGCAAUGCAAGGCGACGGCUUCCUGUCUGUGGUGUUUGGAGUGGGCUAGCAAAUAAGCUGUUGGAUAAUGUAUAUCAGUCAAGACUAAGUGCUUCAAAUAAAAUAUUUUGUGUCUGAAAAUGA